CUCCAGCUUCCUGAGGCUUUCGCAGUUCAGAGAGUUCUGUCCGCUCAAAGAGUGUCUCGACGCGUUCAAAGAUGCUGGCUUGUACAGAGAUGAUCACCAUGUGCCUGCAGUCAGCCAAGCAGAAGCAUCUCCAGGCUCAGCAGCAGCAGCAGACGCUGCACGGCCCCAGGCAGGGGCUCAACAUCUUUCAUGAUAUUUUUCGCAGAGCAGACAAAAAUGAUGAUGGGAAGUUGUCGUUUGAUGAGUUCAAUGCUUACUUUGCCGAUGGAAUCCUGACCACCGAGGAGCUGCAGGAGCUCUUUCUCUCCAUAGAUAACCGACAGAAUAACAAUCUGGACACUGACAAGCUAUCAGAUUACUUUUCUCAGCAUCUCGGGGAAUAUCUAAAUGUUCUUUCAGCUCUGGAGAGUCUGAACAUUGCCAUUUUAAAAGCAAUGGAUAAAACCAAACAGAGAUUUAAAGGUGUCAGCAUGGAAGAUGGAGAGAACUGGUGCUCUCAGAUUAACCGGCUGCAGGAUCUUUUGGAUAAAUUGGAAUGUCAGAGUCCCAAGCUGGAGCCACUAAAGGAGGACACACUGGCCGGCACAUACAAAUCUAACAUCUUGCUGGUUCAGAGGCAGAUGUUCGUAAUUGAUGAUUCUCUGGACAACUUCCGUAAAGUUCUCAAGAGCUACAUCGAUGCCACCUCAGCCGACUCCGACAACUUGCAUGUGUCUGUUCAGAAGCUCCCGGGAAAGUCGUGCUACAUAAUAUAUGAGUUCUGGCAAGAUCGUAUCUCCUGGAUGAGUUAUCUUCAGACCAACAGCAGCAAGGAUUUCCAGCGCUGCGUCAUUGACAUGCUGGAGGACGCUGAAGUUGUUUCUACCAUGUUGCUCCCAGCUUCCUGGUGGAUUAUGACUAACAACUGAAUCGACUGUCACAUCCACAGCCUGCAGAGUCACACGGACUUAGACGCCCUGGUGCAUCGUCCCACCUCCCCAUAUGCACUCUGACACACACACCCACACACACAUAUUCAGUGAGGAAUUAAAAAGGUUUAUGGAUAUUUCAACACAAAUAAUUUUGCAUCUGCAUUU